AUGCCACUCCGAGUCCUCAUCUCCGGCGCGGGCAUCGCCGGCCCGGCGCUCGCCUUCUGGCUCGGCCGGCUCGGCCACACGUGCACCAUCAUCGAGCGCUUCCCCAGCCUGCGUGCCAACGGGCAGCAGGUCGACUUGCGCAAGCAGGGCAUCGAGGCGGCCCGUCGCAUGGGCAUCCUCGAGUCGAUCCGCGCGCACAUCAUCGACGAGCUCGGCCUCCAAGUCGUCGACUCGACCGGCCGACAAAGGGCGCUGUUCGCGCGCAUCGAGGACGACGCCGCCGGCCGGCAGGGCUUCACGAGCGAGUUCGAGCUGUGCUGUUGGAACAGACAAGGGAGGGGAGAGCGGCCAGCAGGAUUCUACAGACGUGGGAGAAGAUCACGGCUGAGACAGUCGAAGCUUUGCGGACGGUAG